ACAAUGCGACAUUUUAAUUGCUGACACUUCGAUUGUGGGGCGUUGGGAAUUUUGUUUGAAUCUCAGUAAACGAGUGUAUACAUUUACGUUGCUUGGAUUUUUGAAUAUUCAUCGAUAAUGCCAGAGCCGACACGAACUGGUGGACAACGCUUGACCGAAAUGAAAUCGAGGCGAUACUCGGAACCCUCGAUGGGGAGACGAAGCGUCCGUCGUCCUGAGGAAAUACAACGUGAUGUACGAGGUUUGAAGCUUCGCCAAAAAGUUUCUCUCGUUUUACAGGAUGACUACCUUCGACAUGAACUUGAAGAUACGGUGCGUAGACACAGCGAAGAAGGCGAUGAGCUUGCUUCUGUGAGAACGUAUCAGGACUUUCUUGUCCCUAUGAGCAACUAUUAUACAGCUGGCCAUGGUAUCUCAGUCGUUCAUCCCAUUAACGACAUCCGUGGUACAGAAACGCUGAAUUACACAAAGAGCGAACGUAUUCUUCGCUGUAAGCUUGCUUCAGCUUACCGUCUAAUAGAUCAUUUUGGCUGGACGGAAAGUAUAUACAAUCACUGCACGGUUCGCUGUGCCGGUGAGCGUGGACAAGGUGAGAGUUUUUUGAUCAAUCCGUUUGGCUUGCUUUAUCACGAAAUUACUGCCUCUAGCCUCGUGAAAAUCGACGCUGAUGGCAACACUCUCGAUCCUGGUAGUACGAACUGCGGAGUGAAUAAAGCUGGUUUUGUCAUACACUCAGCGAUUCAUCAAAGCAGAAAAGACGCUAAAUGUGUUAUUCAUAUUCACGAUCCUGCCACGGUUGCCGUUGCAUCAAUGAAGCAAGGCCUAUUGCCUCUGUCAAUGAAUUCUGCAAUACUUGGUCCAGUCACAUAUCAUGAUUUUGAAGGAGUCACAGUUAAUCUUGCAGAAAGAGAGACCAUUCAAAAAAAUUUCACUGAAGAUUCCAAGGUGUUGUUUCUUCGAAACCAUGGAGUAGUGUGUGUUGGUGAAACAGUCGAGGAAGCCUUUAUGCUUACGUUUUAUGUGGUAAAAGCAUGCGAUAUUCAGGUGAAAGCAAUGGUUGCUGGCAUGGAUAAUCUGAUAAUACUUAGCAAUGAUGUUUCAAAACAAGUUUAUGAAAAUCAAGACGUGGAUACUAAGAAGUCAAAUGCAACCGAGUACAAAAUUGGAAUGAAAGAGUUUGAAGCUUGGAUGAGAAUGUUGGAUGCCCAAGGUCACAAAACUGGAUAUAUUUAUCACCAACCAGACAUAUACAACAGAGCAGUUCAACAACCAAAAUCAGAAGCUCGUUCCCCUGCAACUAUGACAUCUUAUCGUUAUGAUAUACUUCAUGGUGACAAACUGGGUACGCCUGCUGGUAGACCAGUUAGGUCACAAGCCAAAGGGAAUACUUACAAGAAUCGCGCCAAGUGGUUGAAUUCUCCUGUGAAAGGCACUCAAUAUAAAAAGGAAUUAAUAAUUGAUUCUCAUACCGAACCUGCCAUAUUGAAAGAUAGCAAACCUGAAAAAGAAAUAGUUGUGAAAAUUAUGGAGGAGUCGCGAAAGCCAGAUGUUGACAACAAUAUCGUUCAAGAAACGAUUACAGCAAGCAAGCCUGCAAAACAAGUUAUGAGUGAGGUUCCAUUAGAUAGCGUUUUCAAUGAUGAACCAUCGAAUGAUGCGAAUAGUUUCUUCGAGAAAGGCUCCAAUGGUGGGGAAACUAAGGAAGAAAAGCCUUUAGUCACAACAACGUCCACAAAAAGCACUAAAGUUGUGACUACCAGUCGUACUGUGGUUAAAAAUGACGGCGAACCCGUGACAACUACUGUUGAGAAAAAAGUUAUUGUGAAUGGUGAAGAGCAAACUAGUGAGAAGAAUUUACUCUCUCCUCCUUCCAACGAUGUCGAUGUCGACGACAAGGAAGAUGUCAGCGAAGAAGGUGCUGCUGAUAAAGAAGAGAAUGAAAGCUCCGGUGGAAAGACGCGCGAAAAAGUGAAAAAGAAGAGAAGCUUUAAGAAGUCGUUCCAAGGAAUAAUUCAUAGGAAGAGCAGGGCAGAGAAAGAUGAGUAAGCGAAGUGGACUUCAUUCCUUAAUUCAUGUAUCUUUGCAUCAGAUUUUGACAGCAUCUAUUGUUGGCGGUGCUAACUGAGAGUAUUUCUAUCACUAGAGGAAAAUAUUUUGCCUAUAAUUUGUUUCUUUUAAGAAUAAUCUGAGAUUCGUCGUUGAUUUCUCGAUUGAAAUAAACAGUAGGUUAGGUCUUUUCAGAUUCUUAGAGAUAUGAGUAGUUACUUACAGAUUGGUAGUGAUUUAAGAAUAUACAAAGAAAGUGUAGCAAACGCUGUCUUUAUUGUCAAGUAUGGUAGAUAAACCACUAAAUCUAUGAAAAAACUAAGUAUUUUGGCCGAGUUGUCUUAAUGCAGUCUCACUUUAAAAAUGACUGCGCGUAAAUUGUACAUGCACAAUGUGUUUUUAAGUAAUCUAUCUGGUGUUGAUUGUGAAAUAAAUCAUUGAACUGUA